AACGCUCAACAGUCAGGUUUCCGGCGAACGGCCGGAUUAUCCCAUGAAAAUCGCACAUAGAUACGCAUACACACACCAUAGACAUAUAGACGACAGCCGCAAUGUGACAAUAUCUACAGAUUCUCCGUGAAACCUGUUAUGAGCUUGGCUUGUACAAUCCAACUAGGAGAACCUGUUCCGGCCGCGAAGUUAAGUCACUGACCGGUUAGGCCCGCAAUUUGGAGUGAUGAACAUGUCGGACCAGGACGUGGCAGGCAGCUCCAAGCAGGCCAUUCCUUUAGAGGAGCAGGACUAUGAUGGAUUGUUGCAAUAUUGCAAACGUCAAUUUCUGCUGCUCCAGAAGACAAAGGCCAAAUUUGAUGAGCAAAAAAAGGAGCGCGAGAACGCUGAAUCCCAACUACGGGCACAGCUGGAAGAGAUCUCUGAAGAGCGCGAUAAACUUAGAACUAAACUCGAAGAGGACAGGAACCAGCAGGCUCAGCAUAUUGAGGAGCUGGAAGCUCGUAAUGCCUCGUUGGAAAACGAACUCAAGCAAAUCGGAGACACCAGCAGUUCAGGGAAGAAAGACCCGGUUGAUGAGCUUAGUGAAGCAACGAAUGAGCUCAAUCUGCUUCGUGAAGAAAAGCGGGAACUGCUUGAGAAAUUGGAUUCUCUUGAGUCAGCCCGGGACGCUGCACUCGAACUCGAAAAACGAAUGGCACAGGCCCUUGACGACAAUCGGUCCUUGCGAAGUCAAUUGGAUGAAGCGUUAGAAAUGUUAAAGGCGUUACCUGCAAGCGACGGAACCUUUUCAUCGGAAGGUGUCUCUGUUAUAAAAGAAAAUCAUUCAGAGAGAAAUGAGCUUACUUUGAAGGAUGAUGCUAAAAAGCUUCUCGAGGAAGUUGAGUUACCUGAUAAACUCAAGGAGGUCAAUGAUAAGCUACUGCAGGCUGAAGAGCAACUAAAACAGAUGGAAGAUGAGAAAAUGGAGUGGCAAGCUCGAGAAACAGCCACUAGGUGUCGUGUGGAAGAAUUGGAGAGCAAUGUUCAGGUGUUGACCGCUGACCUAGAUAAUGAUAGGCAGCACAUUUGUACCCUGACAGAAGCUCUUGAGACAGCCGAGCGUGCAGAAACUAAUGCCAAAAACAGCCUGCAGCGCUUACAGAGUCGGGUGGACGAACUGAUCUCGUCUUUGGCAAUUUCAUGCGGAAUCAUCUUUUCAACUUCAGACCAGCAGAUCGAACGAUUCUCCCGGCUUUGUCUCGACACCCUCCUGGCUCUCGUCGAGCUUAGCCCUCCAACACCUCUUUUGUUCGAUGAGCUCUCCACUGGCCUUAAGGCCAUCAGCGAUGACUUCGUUCGGUGUGAUCAACGCAAGGUCGAAGCACAGGAAAGUCUGCGUGAAGCAAUUGUUAAACUCAAUGAUGCGCUUGACGAAGCCGAUACACUCAGAGCAGAGGUUGACAGUGUUCGAUGUGCACUUGAAGCCGAAAAGAAGCUCAGGGAAGAGGUAGAACGACGUUCUCUUGAAGCUGCGGAUGAAUGUGAUAUUCUCCGAUCGACAACCACGGCACUUACGAACCAACUGGAAGAAGCGCAGGUGCACCUUUCGCAGUUGUUAAUGGACGGAGAAGCUGCUGAUAACGGCCAUGAACCUGAAGUUAAUUCAACCGAUGAUGACAAAAAUUCCUCGGAUGACGCCCGUGUCGGUCAACAAAUCUCGGCGUUUAGAGAACAAAUUAACUCUUUACAAGUCGAAUUAGAGAGAGAGCGAUCGCUGCGAGAAGCUGCGGAACGCGAUAGCUGUUCGCUGACAGCCGAACUAACAAAAGCGCAGGAGGCGGCUUCAGACAUUGCAAAAAUGACAAGCGACACUUCCAAAGAGAAAGAAGCAGAAUUACAGAGACUGUUAAUGGAUCUAAAAAACAGUCAAGAUCAGGUUGAAACUCUCACCAAAGAAGUCUCACAGGAACGAAUUCACGUGCAAGUGUUAAAACAGCAAAUAGAAGAGAAGUCAGACCUCCUUGAGAGAUUUCGCGAUACAGCGGAUAACAUGGUUGAGCGUAUAAACAGUGACACUUUCUCAAAUCCAGACGAUGGCUGCAGCGUUUUUCAUUGUUUGUUAAGAAACCUUGAGGAUUUGGUCAAGGAUUUCUCAAAAGCACCGGAUGUCGAAAAUAAAAUAGCCGACAUGAAAGUAUCGGAGAAUUCCGAAAGAUACAUGCGAAACAUAUUGCAAUGUCUCUUGAACACAGUUCGAACGCUGGAAACCCAAAAUAACCCUUCAGAGUCAGUCAAAAAACAAGAUAAUAUUCUUUUGAUUCAAACAUCUUCAUUGCCUGAUCAGAAUGGGAAUGGAGAGUUACCAUGUGAGAGCACAAUAAUUAGCGUCAAAGAUGCGGAAAUUCAGGAGAGGGAUGAGAAAAUUGUGAAACUUAAAAGUCUACUUGUCAAAAUGAAGAAAGAACAUGCAGCGCUAAAGAAAGAACUUGUAGCGCUUAAGUCUUCGCAGCAACAGCCAGCACCAAAUAUUUUGGCCAAUAACAUUCAGAGCCUUCAAACAGAAUAUGAUAAAGCAGUCGAUGAUCUGGAAGCUGAGAGAAAAUUAAGCAGAGAGUUGCAAAAGAAAAUUGCCCAAACAGUGGAUCGAGUAGCUGAAAUGGAACUUAUAAGUUCACAGCUGGAAAAUGACAAACGACAGCUCCUUGCUAAGGUCGAACAGGUUGAACACUCUGCAGAAGAUGCUGCACACGCCAAAGCAGAAGCCGAAGCCCAAGUGUUGGUGGUGACGAAUGAACUAGAAAAAGCUCGAACUGAAAUGGAUCGUUUGCGGCAGGAGCUUAGUCAACAAAUACAGAAUGUUACGGGUUUGCAGGUUGAGAUGUCAGUUCUUCAGCAACAGGUUGAAUUGGGACGAUCCGCUAUUGACGAAGCCCAGCAAGUGAGCGAACGGAGUAAACGGCUAGAACAAGAAGCGAGGGAGGCUCGAGAUCAACUUGAGACGUUGGUAACAAGCAAAGCUCACCUCGAACUUCGUUUGGCCGACGCCGAACGCAGGGCGGCUGAGGUAGAGCAGUUGCGAAAUUGCUAUGAUCAGCUCAGUGACGCAAAGUCGGAGUUAGCCAUACGAGUAACAGAUGCGAUGCGGCGACUUGAGGAGUCGGAGAGUAAAGCCGCAGAGUUGGCCUCGCAACUCGCCGACGAAGAACAGGCGUUGAAGGUGUCGCAGCUACAGGUUGCAGAAAAAGUUCAAGAGGUCCAGGAACUGCAGAACUUACUGCAGAGUCAAAAAGACUCACAAACUAGAUUAGUGCGUACUCUUGAAAGUAAAGCGGCGUCUUUGAAGAGAGAUUAUGCCACGGUGAAACUUGAGCUCGAUGAGUCGAAAAAGGAGUUUGAAGCGUACAAAAUCAAAGCUCACUCCAUGAUUAGAAUCAAAGAAAAACCGGAGAGGAAAAACGAAUUGAUUGAUAACAGUAUUAUUACAUCGUUAAAGCUGAAGAUUGAUGAGUUGACCCAAGAAUUAAGCGUGUCAAAGACAGAGUUAGAGGCAACUCAGGAACAACUUUCUCGACUGCAAGAUCGUUAUGACAGUUUGCAGAAGGAUAUAGGCCAGCGUAAUCAAGAAUUUAAAAUAAAACUGGCAAUGGUUCUCGAAGAACGAGAGAAAAAAGUUCGUGAGGAGAUGUUGAGACAGGAAACAUCCAAAUUAGAAGAAGCAGUCGCGCGCCAUAAAGACGAGCUGAUGCGCAAGGAGCAAGCUCAAAAGACCAUGGUCCAAAUUUUGGAAGAUAAACUCGUUGAGAUGCGAACCGAACUUGAAGCAAUUAGAGAGUUGAAUCGAACCCGGGAGAUGGCAGAUCGGUCACCUGAUCUUCAUAAUGUCAGCGGCAACGAUGUAUUCCUGGAGCCGGUACGCCAACCAGGUGAAGGUUCCGAUUGCACGGAUACAGCCAUAACCGUUCGGCCUCUACCGUUCGACGUGAUACCAACCUCCGGUUUCCAACCUCUUGAUAAAUUGCUCGAGCAUCAAGAGGUUCCAUCAUUCGAGACGUUUGAAUCAGUAACUUCACGGCUCGAAGAAGCGAUGAAACGUAUUGAUCACUUCACCGAGCUGCUCAAUGAGAGCGAAGUCAAUAAUCUUCGGCUUAGCGAGCAGGUCCGCGUACUGAAGGAAGAGGUUCGUCGGCUCGAGCGAAAUAAGGAACGCGACGAGCAGUUCGGCAACCUUGAGUACCUCAAGAACGUCGUGCUCAAGUACCUGACAAUGCGAUCAGAGCGGGAACGCCUCGUUCCGGUGCUUGUCACUAUGCUGAAACUUAGUCCUGAUGAAAAACGAACGCUUCAACAAGGCGAGCAGGGAUGGGGCCUACUGCCGAAAUUCCUAUAAUAUCAAUGUUAACAAGUGAAAAGAUUA